AUGUCGAAAGAACAGCUUUUCCAACUGCUGCCGAUGCCAGACGAUGGCCUGCAACAAGUCCUCGAAUAUGCCGCCACCCUUUCCAAGCAAGAAGCUGCUGAACAUUUCUCCAACAUGCUCGGCGACUCGCCCCAAGUCGUCGAGUUCAUUUCGACAUUCAACGCACGACGAAGCGAUCCAAAAGCACCACAGCCACCAAGAAAUGCACCCACGUCCACGCCCACGUACUCUUCCGCAUCGACCGCCCAAAACUCAGCACAAAACUCUGAAGCUGACGGCGUCCCAAAGCCCCGUCGAGGUCCCAAGAAGAAGAAAGCAAAUAUCCAUACCCCGCCCCCUAGACAAGUCGCCUCGUUUGCGCUUGGGCCAGGAACUGUCUACAGCAAGAAGGACUCGCAAGAUGAAUACAUCUCAGCACGAUCAGGCGCUUCGACAUCCUCACACGCCACCAGUGGUCCCAGCAAACCACCACCCACCAAGACUGCCACACCUCCUCCGACCCAGACCUCGAAGCCUCCUCCCUCCGCGUUAGGCUCCCUAGUGUCGGACCUCGGGCAACCCAAGUCCAAAAACAAAUCCAACCCUACCUCACGGACUUCGACACCCGGACCAUCGUCAUCGAAGAAUAACAAUGGGAAUACGGCCAAGGUUACCAUCACAGGAGGCGUGGCGAUGCAUGGCUCGUCUACGGUCCUGAGUGACCUCGACCAAGCCAUUCGGUCUCUCGAGAUCACCACCAAUCCCUCACACUCAACAAAUAGCGCCGAAGGUGUGGCGGCACGACGGUGUAAUUGCGUUGGAACAAGACAUCCUCCCCUGGCAGCAGCCCCGAACUGCCUUCAUUGCGGCAAAGUCAUCUGCAUCAAGGAAGGGCCCGGACCAUGUACAUUUUGCGGGCAACCAUUGCUGAGCUCGGCUGAGAUACAAGGUAUGAUCAAGGAGCUUAGGGCAGACAGAGGACGUGAGAAGAUGGCAGCAGAUCGGGAAGCGCAUAAGAAGGCCGAGGUUGCAGGGACCCCACGGCCGUAUACCAAAACCAGAGAUCCCACCAUCGCCGAAGCGCAAGCUCUAGCUCACCGGGACAAGCUGCUAGCAUUCCAGGCCCAAAAUGCCCAACGGACGACGGUACGGGACGAGGCAGCUGACUUUGAUGCCACUGUGGGAGGAAGCAUGUGGGCCACCCCAGAAGAAAGGGCGUUGGCGUUGAAGAAGCAACAAAAGCUCCUUCGAGAAAUGGAAUGGAACGCUAAGCCUGAAUACGAGAAGCGCCAGCAAGUCGUGAGCAUUGAUCUCACAGGGCGUAAAGUGUUCAAGAAGAUGGCCAAAAUUGAGAGACCCCCAACGCCUGUUGAUGAUGUCGAAGAUGACUAUGGCUAUGAAGCUCCCAUCUUGCAAGGCACCCACGUGAGCAAGGGGCAAGGCGGCGCUUUCAGCAAGAACCCACUACUGAGCGGAGUAAUACGGCCGGUCUACGAUUUGAAGGGCAAGGGCGAGGAGCUUGAAGGUAGGAAAGACAGGGCCACCAAAUGGCGAAGAGUCCAAGAUGAUUUGGAGAACAACGGGGAAGUCAUUCUCCAUGGCGGCAUUUAUGGUGGGGGUCAAGGCGCCAGAGUGGGAGCAGUUGGCGAUGAGCCAGAGUGUGACAACCUCAAUUUCCAAUGCGCGCUCAUCACAGGGGGUGGUGGUGGCCUUGGUAAAGCGCUGGCCUCCUAUUUUAUAUCCAAGGGCAAGAAAGUCAUCCUCGCCGGCAGGACAAAAUCCAAUGUCGAGUCUGCAGCGAAAGAAAUCGGAGCGACCGACUACUAUGUGCUCGAUACGGGGAAAACAUCAGCGUUUCCAGAAUUCGUCUCCCUCGUCACGCAGAAGCAUCCGGAACUCGACUGUCUUGUGAACAAUGCCGGUGUUCAGAAACCCUUGGAGGUCUCCAAACUGGACCCGAGCGAAUUCCUGUACAAGGCAGAUGAAGAAAUCAAUGUCAACAUCCGCGGUCCCAUGCACCUCACCUUGCAGCUGCUUCCGCAUUUUCGACUCAAGCCGGCAGCCAUGAUUAUCAACGUCAGCAGUGUGCUGGGGUUUGUGCCGUUCAGCAUCAUCAACCCGGUGUACAACGGGACGAAGGCAUGGCUUCACUUCUGGAGCAUGAACCUGAGGACUCAGCUGCGGGACGAGCCGCAGGCCAAGAUCAGGGUGGUUGAGAUUGCGCCACCAAUGGUUGGGACGGAUUUGCAUCGUGACAGGGACGACCCGGAUGAUAACAAGAAGGAAAAGAACCCGAUUUCAUUGACGGUGGAAGAGUUUAUGCAGGAGGUGGCAAAGAAGAUGGAGAGAGGGGACGGUAUGAUUACUGCUGGGCCGAUGGGCAGGGAGAUUGUGGGUGCUUGGUAUGAAAGUGACAAGUUGGGGAAGAGGUAUAAGAAGAUUGAGGAGGGGGGCAUGUGA